AUGUUUCGAAUUAACUAUUUUAAUCCUGCUUAUAAUUCCGUACUUAUUCUCAAAAUUAAUUGUAAUCUGACUGUUUAUAUAAACUCAGAAAACACCGAUAUCGGUCAGUCGAAAUCAAAUAUGCUGAAUAUAUUUUAUGAUCCGUUGGGAUUAGAAACAACUAAUUGUGAUGACAGUGGUUAUCCGGUAGUUGACAGUAUUAAAAAAAUGUCUAAUCCUUCACAUAGUUUUCAUCCAUCUGAUGGCAAACAUAAUCUGCUUGAAUCCAAAGACAAUGCUCUAAAUGUUAUUAGCAUAAAAAUGAAUGUUUGUAUGGAUGAUACGUUUUUAUUGGAAUUUUUAGACAAAAAUUUGACUGGAACUGAUUCCAAAACUAAUGUCGAUUUCGCCGAACGAUGUGGUUUAAAUUCUCCAACAGCUUUUGUCGAAGAUAUGAUUAAAAAAGCACAGAAAACUUUAAAUCAUCAGUAUAAAUGCUAACCGUUUUUUCUGUAUUAAUCUCAACUGCAUUUAUAUACCAUAAAACAAUUCGACAUUUUAC